AUGCAGUUAAAAUCCGACGCAGAAAUGAUUGCUUACGAUACAAUCAACAACUCGAAGGAAGCAAUCGAACGAUGUGCUGCGGUGCUGCUGAGCGAAUUGAACGAGCUGAUAACGAACAGAAACGUUCCGGUUGCAAACUACGCCUCACUGAUUUGCUACAAAAUGCUGUACGGAAAAACAUUCCAUGCUUUGGCGGCCAAACUACCAACACUGCACCCAUUUUUGGGAACUUCUGCGGAAGAGAUCAAACUCUUCACUCGUACCACCGGACGCAGUUUGUCGUUGCGGCCAAUGCUUGCCAACGAACGGAUCGAGUACAGCGCUUUUGUGCAGCAGCUGUCAGCCGCGUUGCUGUCAUUUUUGGGAAAUACGAUGAUUAAAAAGCUGGCCGAACAGGAAACGACAUUCGUCGAGAAGCUUGUCCCUUUGCUGGUACAGAUAACGAUAAAGCAAUUCGAAGAGUCAAUCAUCGAUAGCAUGGGCAGCUUUAUUAAUGAGUUUUUCAACGAGUUCGCUGCCAUUCAAAAUGAGGUUCACAAUAUUUUCAAUGACCCGAAAGCUAUUCAACUGAUGCUUACCAUCGUGGAGUGUGUUCGGAUACAUAAUCAAUGCUUUCCACAGUACAAAAUUUCCGUUAACUAUCUACGAAUCGCACAAGCGUCUCAAUUCUGUCAGGCACACUUUAAAGCCAUCCUGUAUGGUGACCUCUGGUACCGGGAGGAAGAGGAGCAAGGCAAGCAUGAUGCCAAACGACACCCGGAACUGCAAAACAUAAUGAAAUCAUGCCAUUUGGCGAUCGGCGUAAACGAUGCAGUUAAAUCAUUCCUCAACCCAAUCCAGGAACGGAUGGAAUAUUACCGUCUAGAGCAGAAUUACGCCAGAUGCUUGGUUAUGCAAGAUGCAAGCACACCGUGGUCGCAAGAUACCGCCCUGGACAGUGCGGGCACACAGAAUGCCAUCUUGCAAACACUGAAAGACUCCUCACUGUACGGUUUGGCUAGAUCGUUACAUGUCGCACCGCAACAGAUUGAUUACGAGUGUGCCUGGCGGCUGUCCGACUGGAAUGUACUAUUCGACGCGGACGGCGGUGUUGGUCCCAAUGUCCCGAAGAGAGCACCGGCUGCCGGUUCGAGCGCGCUGCUCCUACAGUCGCGAUCCUUCGAGCGAGCGCAUUACAAAGCGCUCAAGUGUUUGCAGCUGCGCGAUGAACUCGCGGUGGAAAGUGCGAUCGUGGCAGCGCAGCGUGCCGUUAGCGAACUUUUCAAGCUUACCAGCAUCGAAUCCACCAAACACAUCUACCACGGGCUGUGCCGGUUGCGGAUGCUGCAGCAGAUCGAAGACUUCGGUGAGGUACACUUCUCCAGACAGAUCGACUGCGAGCAGGACCUGCUGAACCGGUGGAGGGAACAGGACGAGCUGCCGCACAGCGAGUUCACGCUGCUGGAAACGAUCCUUUCCCAGCGGCUGUCCAUCUUCAGCACGGCCGGGAUUCGUGCGAAACGUAAAUGGGUACCGCCGGCAGUGUACAGCACGCUGCUGCUGCUGAUCCACGAAUCGCGCCUGCGAGGCUUCGUGGACUGUGCGGUACGGAAUGUGGUGCUGAUCGGGAAGCAGGAGCUGCCGGCCAACGUGCAGUCGGUGGUGAUGCUGGAAAAUGCACAGCUCAAUUGGAGUGCCGGCCAGCCGGUGCUGGCGAAGGAGUUGGCGUGGGAAGUAAUGAACAGCGCCAAGACACUCGCAGGAGAUCAAGUCGCUAUGCUCGGCUACUUUCAACAAGCGGAAAAAUAUGUCCAGUUUGUGCUGUCGCGACAGGCGGCGGCGACGGCUGCGGGUGGCGAACAGAAAACCUCGCCCGGGAACGUUCCCGCUAACCAUCGUUGCUUCAACGUGGAUCGUAACUUCACCGUGCAGCACACCGUCGCGAAGUACGCGGAUCGUGAAUUUGUGCGGCUCACCAAAUUCAUCCGCUCUCAGGAGUGGGAGGCACGGAAAACGAAUCUCGCCCGCAUGGAGGUCGAGCUGGUCCGCCUGAGGGAGGAAACGCAACGUGCCACCGAUCAGCGGCGCAAAGAUCUUGGCCGUUCGCUUCACUUUAUGCAGAAAAACUUGCAGCGCGACAAGAAAGCGGCCGAAGAGGUGGAACAGAAUCGCUGGGACUACUUGAAUCUGGCACUGUGCUAUUAUCUGAUGUACGCGAAACAGAGCACGAUCGUGAGCGACAUGGUGAUAUUUAGGAUCAUGUCGCUGUGGUUGAACAAUCAGGAAAAUACGAGCGCAAAGGAGUUGAUCGAAGAGUCGCUGCUUACCAUUCCUUCGUACAAGUUUAUUGCCGUUUUACCGCAGCUUACACCGCGCGUCGGGCUGGACAGUGGGGACGGUGCGCUGGUGCAGAAAGCUUUGAUAAGAUGCGCCCUGGACCAUCCCCAUCACACGCUUCCGUUUGUGUUUGCGCAGCUGCAUGCGUAUAAAGAUCAACCGGAUCACGAAACUCCCACCAACGAUAACCGUUUAAUGGGUGUGCGGGAGGUGUACAAAAAGCUGCGCAAAGAACCAACGCUCGAGCAAAUGUUGCACCAAACAGAGAGAAUGAAUCUCGCCCUGAUCGAGCUGGCCAACAAAACGCUCUCCAGCAGUCCCUCCUUCCGGGAGUACACCAUGACGAAACGUGAUCCGCUCGGGCAGCUGGAAAGCUUGGAUCUCAUCCACUGUCCAACGGUGGAGUUGCCCGUCCUAAAAACCGGCAACUAUCGCUCACACAUCGUAGGCAUCAGGCGGUGGGAUGCGAAGGUGAUCGGUGUCGGUGGAAUUAAUGCGCCGAAAAAGCUUGCCUGCCUUUGCCUGAACGGUACGAAACGGACGCAGCUGCUCAAGGGGAAGGAUGAUAUGCGCCAGGAUGCGGUAAUGCAGCAGGUGUUCGGUAUAAUGAACAUACUGCUGCGCCACGAUAAGGAAACGGCGCACCGGAAGCUGUCCGUGCGCACGUACAAGGUGGUACCGCUGUCGAGGCAAAGCGGCAUACUGGAAUGGUGCAACAACACGAUGCCGAUCGGUGCGUGGUUGCUUUCCGGGCAUGCCAAGUAUCGGCCGCAGGACCUGGAACCGACAGCGGCGCGGAAAAAGUUUUCCAAUAACGCGGUGGCCGGCAUGACGUUGCCGAAGAAGCUGAAAAACUAUGAAGAAAUCUGUGACAAAAUUCGGCCCGUCUUUCGGCACUACUUUCUCGAGCAGUACCUGAAGCCGGGCGUGUGGUUCGAGCGGCAGCAGAACUACAUCAAAAGUGUGGCCGCCAGCUCGAUGAUCGGGUACGUGCUGGGCAUCGGCGAUCGGCACGUGCAGAACAUCCUGAUCGACAAGCUAACAGGGGAGGUGAUCCAUAUUGAUUUUGGCAUAGCGUUCGAGAUGGGGAAAAAUCUGCCCACCCCGGAGACCGUCCCGUUCCGCUUGACGCGUGACAUUGUAGAUGGUAUGGGGAUAAGCGGUGUUGAGGGUGUUUUCCAUCGUGCGAGAAAACGCUGGAAGUGUUGCGGAACAAUCAGACGGUGAUCCUCGCCAUCCUGGAGGUGCUGCUGUACGAUCCGCUCUACUCGUGGAACGUGCUGUCAAACAAGAAAGCAAACCGUCGGCAACAGCAAGCCUUCCUUUCGCCAUCCGGUGACGCUGAUGAGGCCGAUGGAGCGGUCGGUGGUCUGCCGAUGGAUGCGGCUAAUAUCAAUGUGACGGCCGAGCGUACGUUGAUGCAGGUGGAAGAGAAGCUGCUUGGCCAGGAGGACAACAAGUACAUCUCAGUCGAUGGGCAGGUGCAAAUGCUAAUCUUCAACGCAAUGAACAAGCGCAAUCUCUGUCAAGUGUUUGCGGGAUGGCAACCGUACCUGUGAGCAAGUGAGUGUGUGAUAAAGCCGGUGAUAGUGUUAUCUUUUA